ACUUUUUUUUGUGCAUAUUUGUUACGUUUGUCAAACAUUGGGCAAACGAUACACCUUGAUCGGUUGUUGCUAAGUAACGGGAGAGACGCCCAGUCAACAUCUGAGCGCAGGAUGGCUGAGGAAGAAGUUGAGAAGAUUAUUCAUCACACCAAGCGUAUUUUUAUCAACAACGUUGACUCCUAUGCCUCGAAAUGUAUCGCAAAGUUCUUGUCUGCCUGUGUAGUGGGGGCGUCCCUGGUGGAAACUGACGAGCCAGAGGUGGAGGAAGGGGAAGAGAGGCUAUCCAAAGAUGACCAUCCAAAAGUCAAAGACGGAACCUUUCAAAUUGUCGGAACUAUUGCAAACAAAAACGAAAGAAGACCAAGUUAUGUGUUGGAUGAAUAUUUUCAACUGAAAAGGGAAGAACUCCUGGAGCGCCUGAUGGAGUGUGAUAUCAUAAUUUACAACAUCACUGAGGAUGCUGACCAGAUGGACGAGGCCUCUUGGGCAAUCUCAGCCCUUCAUGCUGAGAUGGCCAGGUUCAGUCAGCCAAAGAUGUUCAUCCUCAUAUCAACUGUAAUGACCUGGGCUCUCAGCAAGCCUGUCGAUGCGGAUGACCCUGAGAUUCCAUUCACUGAGGAAGACUACAGGAGAAGAAGAGCCCAUCCCAACUUCAAAGAGCAUAUCAACGUUGAAAAACUUGUGGUCAAAAUGGGAAAAACGAAAAGUUCAUUGCUCUCCACAUACGUAGUGGCCUCAGGAGUUCAGUAUGGAAUGGGAGAGCAAGUCUUCCACUUCUUCUUCAAGACAUCUUGGUUGGGAGACUUGCCCAAAGUCCCUAUCUUUGGAGAAGGCACCAAUGUCAUUCCUACUAUUCACAUCAAUGACCUUGCAGGUGUGAUCCAGAAUGUAAUUGACCACAAGCCAAAACCACAUUACUUAGUCGCUGUGGAUGAUUCCAAGACCACUAUCGAUGACAUUGUAAAGACAAUAGCCGAUGUGGUGGGGCCAGGAAAGACCAAGAGAGUGCCAAAAGAGGAUGCUUUUCUCACUCGGGAUUUGAGACAAAUGGACAUUGAUGCUCUGUUUGUCAACCUUCGGAUUGAGGCUGUCUACCUGAAAGAGAGCUUCAACAUCCACUGGGUGUGUGAGUCUGGUCUCAUAGACAACAUUGACCGUGUUGUGGAGGAAUACAAGCAAACCAGGGGCCUGCUGCCCAUCCGAGUGUGUAUCAUGGGCCCUCCAGCGGUGGGAAAGAGCACAGUAGCAGAGAGGAUCUGUAAACACUACAAACUGCACCACAUCAGACUCAAGGAAACUAUCACUGAGACCCUUGCACACCUGGAGUCUAUCGUUAGGAUGGAGGACGGAGAGACUGAGGCAGAGGAUUCUGCCACCUCAUCAGAACUCCUGGAGACUUUGAAGGAGAACAUGGAUCAAAAUGGAGGUCGACUGGAUGACCAGUAUGUGAUCAGGAUCAUGAGAGACAAGCUGAAGUCAAAGCUGUGCAGGAACCAGGGUUUUGUCCUGGACAGCUUUCCCAAGACAUAUGAACAGGCCAAGGACCUGUUCUAUGCUGAUGAUGAUGAGCCAGAGGAUAUGAGGUCAAAGAUCCCUCCAUUCAACAAGAAGAUAAUUCCAGAGUUUGUGUUCUCCCUGGACUCCUCCGAUGCGUUCCUGAAGAACCGUGUCCUGAACCUCCCGGAGAGCCUGGUGGAGGGAACGUCCUAUUCCCAGGAGCAGUUCCUGCGCCGCCUCGCCAGGUUCCGGGAGAGCAACGUGGAGGACGAGACCGUCCUCAACUACUUUGAAGAGCUAGAUAUUCACCCGGAGCACAUUGAGAUCACCAGCAGUGACGACCAGGAGUACCUGGUGGUGACAGAGAGGAUCAUCAAGUCAGUGGGCAAGCCUAAGAACUACGGCCCCACCAGCCAGGAGCUGGAGGAGGAGGAGAGGAGGAGUGCAGACCGCCGGCUGAGAACGGAGGCCCAGAAGAGGGCUGACACAGAGAGGCGGGAGACAGAGGAGGCCCAGCAGAGGGCAGCCCGCUGGGAGGAGUGGAGUAAGUGUCUGGAGGAGGUGAAGAAGCAGGAGCAUGAUCUCCUGGAGGCCCAGGCUGUUCCCCUGAGAAACUAUCUGAUGAAGAACGUCAUGCCCACUCUCACCCAGGGCCUCAUCGAGUGCUGCAAGACCAGGCCUCAGGACCCUGUUGAUUUCCUGGCAGAAUAUCUGUUCAAGAGCAACCCCCAAGUGGAGUGAAAUGGGACUUGUCUUCAGGAUUUAUAACUUCAUAUCUUCUACAAUGCAGAAUUGUAUUCACAUCAUAUUUAAAAGUGAUUUAGUAAAAGCCUUUUCUCACAAGAAGAGUUUUUAUUUUGGGGGGGGAUUCUUAUACAUUUACAGUAUAUUGUAGCUGUGUUAUAUUAUUUCCCCAAUAACGUGAUUACAACACAAUUGUAAAAGAUGCAAUGAAGCCAUGAUGUUCAACUCCUAACAUUUCAACUUAGUGAGUUUACAUCAAAAGUAAUAUUUAGACACUUUAAAUGUGUGAACUGAAAUGUUACUUUUGAUGUAAACUCCCUAAGUUGAAAUGUUAGGAGUUGAACAUUAUGGCUUCAUUGCAUCUUUUACAAUUGUGUUGUAAUCACGUUAUUGGGGAAAUAAUAUAAAACCGCUACAAUAUACGGUAAAUGUAUAAGAAUCCCCCCUAAAUAUAAUAAUCAAUAUAAAAACUCUUCUUGAGUUUGGUUGCAGGCAUAUUUCAGCCAUAACAUUUUAGGUGUCCCUCCCCCCAUUUCAUGCUGUGACUUUGAUAAACUCGAUUAGUAAAUUAUGUCAUUCCCUGCCCUGUUUUAUUGACACACAGCUUUGUUUGUGUUUUCUGCAGACCAUUACUUAAAAGCCCUGAAAACUGGAGAAAAAAAAGCCUGACUGAAGCCAACAGCUAAUUAACAUGUUAAUUUGCGUAAUGAACUUGGGUGCGCUUGGUAACUUAAAAGUAGACCCAGUCGGGUCAUAAUGACUUUGAUUUGGCUUGUGAUUUCAAAGGAUAAAUGUUAAAAAUGGCAGCUAAUUGCGUCACUCUCUCAUGUUUCCACUCGCAGCUCUAAGUGUACAUAAUUAGCUGUACUGGAACACCAAAUUAUUUCAUUGUACAUGCUUAAUCACCACACUGGGAAAUCACUUUGUUUGAGAACAUUGUAGCGCGAGCCACAACAACACAACACAAUUUCAAGCUGUGUUUUUAUAUUUUCCAUUUUGAUAUGUAGGCGUAAAUCAAACCACAGAUUUGAGGUAAAAAUAUGCAUUUUACUUUGACUUUUACAUAAUUUUCCCCUCAAACUAAAUACGAUGUACUUGUCUUUGUUGUUGAAAUUGUUUUAUUCGGGGGGAAAGUAAUACAGAUUCUUGACAGUUAGGCUACAUUACCUUCUUCUAGUCUCCCUUUCGUCAUCUGAACUGAUACCUUCACAGGGGAAAAUAGUGGUUGACAUCCACCUCCACGUUGCAUAUUGCUUUUCAGCUUUUCUGAUCCAUGCAAUUGUUGGAGAGGAGACUAGGAGAGAAGGGGAAGCCACAAAAGACUAUAGAGAUGCAUCCUUUGUAAUAGAUUGGUGUCAUGUCCAAUAUCAUCCAACAGGGGUCAGUCUCUACUGCUUUUGAAUGGCAGCAUUAUAACACUAGGUGGCAGCCUUGCCUCAGCUAUGGGCUAAUUGUGAUAAUGUAGUUUUUUGGCUUUACUAAUAACAACAAUUAUACACUAGACAUUGUAUUUUAUUUGUAUAUAUAUGUAUAUGUUUAAUCAUAAAUAGAUACAUUCAUCUUUACCAUAAAGAAAUUCAGCACAUUACAGCACAUUACCCAAUUUAAGCAGUUAUAGCUUACUAUAUCACAGGGUCAAUAUGCUGAGCUGCAGGUGGACAGAAUCCACUGUGUGAUGCUGGUCACUGUUCCUUAAAGCCGCUUAAGCCAUGGAGGAAUGUCUCUUUCACACACACACACACACACACCAUGAGCCGAGGCCUUAACUUGGUGGGGAGAUAUUCCCCCAGAAAACCUUGCCUCAUUGGCGUUCAGAAAGAAAAUGUGUUUUGUUGCUUAGGAACAGUUUGCCUUCCGUCUCUGCGGGUGGUCUCCUUGUGAAUAUCAUUAUGUGCCCCUCGAGUCGGGAGGACGACACAUUUUUCUUUUCUGCCAAUAUUUAUUGUCUGCUCCACUCACUGUCGGGAGGUCUGGAAAAUGCUUUCAUUGAUUAAAGGGGGUGCUAGGCAGG